AUGGCCAGCUCCCGGACUCGGCGCAUCCAGAAGGAGCUCGCCGACAUUGAGAAGGAUGCCAAGCUCAGCAAGAUCACGGCCUCUCCUGCCGACGCCACCGGCGACCUCACCCAUCUCAAGGCCCAGAUCUUCGGGCCUCCGGGCACCCCCUACGAGGGCGGCCAAUUCGUCGUCGACGUCAAGAUCCCGCCCGAGUACCCCUUCCGCCCGCCCAUCAUGAAGUUUGACACAAAGGUCUGGCACCCCAACAUCAGCAGUCAAACUGGCGCCAUCUGCCUGGACACCCUUAGCACGGCGUGGUCGCCAGUCCUCACCAUCAAGUCGACGCUGCUGUCGCUGCAGUCCCUCUUCGAGAGCCCCGAGCCCAAGGACCCCCAGGACGCCGAGGUGGCCAAGAUGAUGAUGACGGACCCCGAGGCCUUCAACAUCAAGGCCCACGAGUGGGCUGUCCUCCACGCCGAUGCCCCCAAGAACGCAACCUUCUCGGGCGUCAAGCCUCGUCAGGCCGCGACGUCGGCGGCUGCCCAGCCGCAGCAGAUCGACGCCGCCAGGUACCAGGGCUACAACCGAAAUCUUGUCGACCGCUUCGUCAACAUGGGCUUCGACGUGGAUAGGGUCGUCGACGCCUUCCUUUUCGUGGGCAUUGACAAGAAUGACGGCCGCGACUACAUCCUCGAGGAGGCAUACAUGGGCGACAUCACGGCGCGACUGCUUGGCGAGCCGUAG